AUGGCCGAUGACUGGGGGGUCUCAACGAGCGUUGGGGUCCUCCGCAUUCCGACGCGGCAACUUAUCGAGCAGCAGAAGCAGGGUGCACCGGUCGUGUUGGCAGCCAUGUUCUGCAUGAACAGCUGCUGCUGCGUUUGGAUACCUGUGCUCUUCUUCCUGGGUGCUGCCAAUGUUCUAACGACCUGUGAGAAUUAUGAUCGGUUCACUCUGUGGAUGAGGACUUACCCUCUGGUGCCAAUGUGCUGUGGGACCUUGGUGCAGCUGCUGGUGACGUGCCUGGCGUGUGUUGGGAAUAGGAGUUUCUUCAAGUUGGGCCUCCGGUUGCAAGCGUUGACUGGCCUUGCCUUUGUGGCUGCAAUGUCCUGGGGCUGGUAUGAGUAUUCCAUCACCACCGAGGAGAGCUGUGUUGGGACCGGUGACAUCAAUCCACGGACUCUUUCGCUUGCUUUUUUGGUACUGGGCUCCGUUGCUGCGCCCUCCAUGCUCUGCACAGCUGUCAGUAGAGGCUGCUGCGGCGACUUCAACACGCUUGAGACAACGGAGCAGAGCGAUGAUACCGUGUGA